CUCUUUCGAAGUUCUUCGUUAGUAAUAUCCCUUCACGUAAACAAGUAUGGCAACUUCCGUGCAGGUUUUGUGCCCAAAUGGUCAUCGUCAAACUGUUAAAGUGACUCCAAAUACAAAGCUUUUGCAGGUUCUUGAGGAAGUAUGCUCGAAACAAGGAUUUCUUCCUACAGAUGAAUAUAAUCUUAUUCAUGGACGAACAACAGUUGAUUUGUCUUCAACCUUUCGCUUUUCCAAUCUACCUAACAAUGCCAAGCUUGAACUUUCAAAAGCUACAAAGCCUCGUUCUCAAUCUGAGACAGAAGUUACCAUUGCACUCCAUCUUGAAAAUGGUGAUCGCCUACAAAACUCAUUUUACCCAUCAACAUCUCUGUGGGAUAUUCUCAACUACUGGGAGUCCCAGGAUAAUGGGGCUUACAAAGGUCACCUGACCAAAACUGACACAAGCAAAACACCUCCUGUGCAUCCAGUGUGCAUCUACAUGAGAGAAGAGGUGAUAGGGGAGGAUGCACUUCGAAAUGUUACUUUGAAAAAAUUGGCUUUAACCUCCGGGAAAGCUAUCAUUAGGCUGGUGCAUCGCCCAGUGGAUGACACUACCCUUGCCAAUGUCAUAAGUCAGAUGGAAAAAGAGAAAGCAAAACAGAAUACAUUGGAAGCCAUGGCACAGAAAUCAGAUGCAGAGGAUCCGGAAAUAGAAGCUGUCACUUCUCUUCAGUUUAAUUCUGAUAACGAGAAGGUGGAGUCUCCAGGACUGGGAAGUGAAGUUGAUGACAGACGAGAAUCAAUGGACAUUCAGGAGACAGCAGGUCAGGAAAGUCAUCUAGAGAGGUCUACCCAAAAUGACGUUAAUGCCACACAGCAUAUGGGUGCUUUGGCUGAUGAACAAACCAGGAGUAACCACAACGAAGGGCAAAGUUCUCUUGAACAAAUUAGAAGAAUGAACAUACCAGGCCUGGAAAUUAUCACUCCUGAUGAUUUCUAUGACCUGUCUCCUGAAGAGCAACAGACUGCCCAGCAGCUUGCACAGCAGGUCAUGCCAGCAUUGUUUAGUCAGCAGAAACAGCAGGAAAUGUCAAAACCUAAAAAUGCUAAAAAACAGCAAGCUCCACGACAGUCAUUUGCUGAUUUUAAGUUUCCAGAAGAAACUAAAGGAAGGGAUUUAUACCACAAUGAACUAAGUGAAGUCAAAGUUGAAGAAUUCAAACCAUGUGAGAGAGAGGCAGUUGUAUUUGACAGUAACGAAGAAAGAAGUUCAAAGACAAUACCACAAGAUGUUGGAGAUGACUUCUUUGAAAUAACAGAAGCAGAUUUAAAAAGCCUUAUGAGAGAUUUGCAAAAACAAGUUUCCUCUUUGACAGACCGUCCCCUUAUGACAGAAUCAAUGCGGCAAACAGAAAUGGAGCAAAGAUAUCAACAUUACCACUCUGUUGUCUUACGAGUCCAGUUUACUGAUGGCCUUGUCCUUCAGGGAUGCUUUCGACCACGAGAAACAGUUUUUGCUUUAUACAAGUUUGUCAAAGAAAACCUGGAAGACCCGAACCAUGAGUUUUACUUAUAUACAUCCCCUCCAAAACGCAUUCUGUCUGAUAUGGCACUAUCAUUAGUGGAAGCUGACCUAGCCCCUGCAACAGUGGUUUAUUUUGGAUCCAGUCAGUCACAAGAUCACUGGCUGUCAGAACCAGUUCGAUCAGGAAUUGUGCCGAAGCUGCAUGCAGAUGAGCUGUCUGUAAAAAAAUUGGCCAAGAAGAGGAUAGAGAGUAUGUCUGCCAGUUCAUCAGCAAAAAGCAUGCAAGCCACUGCCUUGGGUCCUGCCAGUGGUGAAGAAGACAGCACACAGAAUGACAGAACAGAGGUGGCUGGACCCAGAAGAGCUGCUAGCUCAAAUGAUUCAGCUAAGAUGCCGAAAUGGCUUAAACUUGGUAACAAAUGAAGUAGUUCUGAUUUGAAUUGACAUUUGUCAUCAGCUGGACAAGCAUGGUUUCCAAACUUUUGUCACUUUUUCCACAAACUGUAGCAGGGUUUAAAUGGCUGCAAUACACCUGUCCAGCAUCAUCUGUUUCAAUGAGUCAGUCAUGAAAGGUGUAAGAAGCAGUGUAUGAUGGAAUAGUUGUGCAUAGAUUGUGAGCUUUAUAAAUGAUAGGUAAUUUUUGUAAUGUGAAUGAUUAACUGGGCAGUCGGAAUGGUUAUACCAACUAGAUGAUGUAUCAGUAUCUGUCUCACAUUUUGUUGUCUUUUGUGGGCUCAAGCCAGGGAAAUGCUUUGAAUGUAAAUGAAACAUAACCAGUUACUGCUUCAUAGGCUGUUUAGUAAUGUUUAUAAAUUUACAGUAUAACAUUUAUUUUGGUUUUGCAUUGGCUUUGCGGCCUAUAUAAUGUUUGAGGUUCAGUCCCGACAGAGCAAAGUAUCACUUUAGUAACAUAUAUAUCUAGCUUCAUUGGUUAGGUGACAUAUUCAGUGGAAAACUAAAUUUGUAGGUUACAAAACAAAGAAAAUUUGAAGAAGAUGCUAGUCUAUUCGUUAAUCUUCCUUUUCUGUGCAAAUAAACAAAUCAUGCUAAGUU